CAGUUGCUUGCACCGUUAGCUGAGUUGUUUGCUUUCCAAAAACGAUGCAUACCUUCAACCACUCUACCACAACCACACCUAAAUUUGGAGGCAACAACAAUUACCUCAUGAGAAAACCCCUUCAGCUAAAAAAAAUUAAAUGUUUCAGUGCUUGUGAGUUGUGUCACCACCCACCUGAGACAAACCUAUCCAACUAACUAACAUCACGACAAUGUUGUCCUUCUUCAUGGCACCUUCGCCAUCAUAAACCUUUCCCUUUCCACUGGGGCAGUACGAGGCAAGGAAAGUGCUCCUUCUUUGGCAGUUACAUUACAUGAUACAUUAUUAUUAUUAUUAGUGUUGUCUAUUUUCACGCUUCAUGCUUCACAAUUGAGCUUCACUUUUCUCCUUAAAGGCUGUGCUGGAUUGAAAGUUCAGAACAUUGAAAACAAGGUUCAGUUAAUUGGACUUGGAUGCUGUUGUAAUUGAUCCACUCAUGGGAAUCCACCUCGCCUUGUUUCUCUUUCUGGCUUUUCUUCGAAUGACUUUAUCUCAAGAUAUUGAACAUGGUUCAAUUCUAGUAGAUGGAAUUCAAGCAAUUGCUGAAACUGAUGAUAAUUUCAUCUGUGCUACUAUUGAUUGGUGGCCUCAUGAUAAGUGUGAUUACAACUAUUGCCCCUGGGGGGAUUCAUCUGCUGUAAAUUUGGACUUGUCUCAUCCUUUCUUUGCCAAGGCAAUCCAAGCUCUCAAGCCUUUGAGGAUAAGAGUCGGAGGUUCUUUGCAAGACCAAGUGCUGUAUGAGGUAGGAAGUUUGAAGUCCCCUUGUCAUCCAUUUCAAAAGAUGAAAGGUGGAUUGUUUGGAUUUUCAAAGGGAUGUUUACAGAUGAAAAGGUGGGAUGAGCUGAAUCAUUUUUUCGACGAGACAGGUGCCCUUGUGACAUUUGGUUUGAAUGCACUCCAUGGGAGGCACCAGAUUAGUCAUACUGUUUGGGGAGGAGACUGGGAUCCUUCCAAUGCCAAAGAUUUUAUCAAUUACACCAUUUCAAAGGGGUACAAAAUUGAUUCAUGGGAAUUUGGUAAUGAGUUGAGUGGGAAGGGCAUUGGGGCUAGAGUUGGUGCUGCACAGUAUGGGAAAGACUUGAUAAAGCUUAAAGAAAUUUUACGCACAUUAUACAAAAACUCCACGUUCAAACCUUCCCUUGUAGCACCUGGAGGAUUCUAUAAUAAGGAGUGGUUUGAUAAGCUUCUUCAGGUUACAGGUCCAGGCAUAGUCAAUGUGCUGACACAUCAUGUGUAUAAUUUGGGCCCAGGUAGUGAUGAGCAUCUUGACAGGAAGAUUCUAGAUCCUGAGUGCUUGAGCAAGGUUGAAUCAAUUUUUAGCAAUCUUUCAGAAACCAUUCAAAAAUAUGGCCCUUGGUCUUCUGCAUGGGUAGGUGAAGCUGGCGGGGCAUUCAACAGUGGUGGUCGUUCUGUUUCUAACACAUUUGUAAAUAGCUUUUGGUACUUGGAUCAACUUGGAAUAGCAUCCAGAUACAACACUAAGGUUUAUUGCAGGCAGACUUUAAUUGGAGGAAACUAUGGUCUUCUCAAUACCACUACUUUCAUUCCAAAUCCUGACUAUUACAGUGCACUGUUGUGGCAUCAGCUAAUGGGGAAGACUGUUCUUGCAGCUAGUAGUGAUGUUUUUUCACCAUCUUUACGCACUUAUGCCCAUUGUUCAAAAAGCAGAGAUGGUAUAACAUUACUGCUGAUCAACUUAAGCAAUCAGACUCAUUUCACACUCACGGUUCAUGACCGUGUGCCUGUGAGCAAUGGAGGAAAUGAAAAUGCUAAAAGCAUCCAUACAGAAAACUCAUUCUUUAGUCAUCUCAAGAAAGCAUUUUCUUGGAUUGGAACAAAAGGAUCAGAUGUCACAUUCAGGGAGGAGUACCACUUAACUCCAAAAGAUGAUUACCUUAGAAGUCAAACCAUGUUGCUGAAUGGUAUCCCCCUAGAAUUGACAAAUGAUGGAGAAAUUCCAACAUUGGAUCCACUACUCAAUAAUGUACAUUCUCCAAUACACUUGGCUCCUUUAUCCAUUGCAUUUAUUGUAUUCCCCAACUUUGAUGCUCCAGCUUGUGCGGGACUUAGAAAACCUUAACCGAAAAAUCUUGUAGACUAGGUAUUAGGACUAAGGGAAUGUGAGCCCUGCCAUUGAAAUUGUAUUUAAUUGGCUAUAUAUUUGUAUCCACAGCAAAGUUCUAACCACCUUUGCAAUAAUUUAUUAUGAAAGACACUUGCUAGAAGCAUGAUUAUACUUGGUUGGCUCAAA